AUGCGCUUCACACUCUCAGCCACCGUGUCCGCGCUCGCCCUCCUCGCCAGCUCGGUCCAUGCCUUGCCGGCCCAACAGACGCAAGCCUACGCCCCAGCCGGCAACCUCGACAAGCUCGCCAAGUUGAUGCCCAAGAGCGCGCUGCCCGGUCCAGAUGGGCUUCGGCUCAAGUACGUCCUUCUCGGUGUCGGCACGCAGAACUACACCUGCGCGACCGGCGACGAGAACGCUGCUCCGGGAACCACUGGCGCCACUGCCAACCUCUACGAUAUCGGCACACGGCUCAACAAUGACCCCUUCGCCAAAUGGACCAUCCCCUCCAUCUCUCCACUCGCCCUGUCCCUGAGCUCUCAGCCCACACGCUUCACCCAGAACCUGCAGUCCCUUGGCUUCGAGCAUCUCGUUGGCCACCACUUCUUCAGUGGCGCCGCGCCCGUCUUCGCUCUCGACCAGCUUUCUCUGUCUCCGUACCCUCUCACGGUGCUCGGCAAGUUGAACGAGACGGACGCCCCGACGUCUUCCUGCCCGGGCACCAACGCCGAGGGUGCGAUCAAGUGGCUGCUCCUCAAGGACACCAAAGGCCUGUCUCAAGGCGGCAUCAACACAGUCUACCGCAUCGAGACCGCCGGUGGCAACAAACCGGCCACCUGCAAGGGCCGCAAGGCAGCCUUUGAGGUCAAGUACAGUGCCCAGUACUGGAUCUUCGGCCCCAAGAGCUCCGGCUACAGUGUCCCGAACUAG